AUUACAGCGCCAGACCUCGACAGAGCAGCAGUAGCAGCAGCAGCAGCAAAGCUCCCAAAACGGAGCCGGCAAAUAAGAAAGUUACUCGUGGUGAAAAUCGAUCGCGAAAAAAAUAUAAAAAAAAAUCAAAUUUGGAAUACCCAGCUCAUAUCGGCCGAGCUGUGUGUGGAUCGGACAGAUCUGCAUAUAUAUAUGUAUAUAUUUAAAUAUAUAUAUCACCCGAGAUCGAGUCAACAACUCAAUUCAAACAGCACAUCAUAAAUUAAACGUGCAAACAACAGUCUCAGACUCAGACUGUCUCAGUCUCAGUCUCGGUCUCAGUCGCUGCCUCUGCCUCUGCCCUCAGUCUCAGCCACGGUUGCAGUCUCUGUCUCUGUCUCUGUCACCGUCUCCGUCUCCGAUCUCAGUCUCCGGUCUCAUUCUCCGGUCUCAUUCUCCGGUCUCCGGUGUCUGCUUAUUUAAAGGCAACGCGUCUUGCCGUUAAUCGUUCAGAACCUUUUAAGCUGCGAACGCGAGUGAAACACGAACGAGCAGCUAAUUUAACCACAGCAAUAACAAAAAUAAACAAAAAAAAUAUAUAUAAAUAAAUAAAUUUAAAAAAAAGAACAAUAACAAUACGGGUCGGAAAUGUCUUAAAAAACCGCCAAGCGACGUGCUUUGAGCCCCAGACUUAAUAGUUUGGCUAUUUCCAUAAUUUCUUGCGCAAUUUUCACUCCGCUUUACGACUUGAUUCUUAUGCAAUUCAAUUAACAACAAACAAAAAAAAGACUGUAAACUAAAUUAUUGUAAAUUAUUAACAAAACAAAAAACACACACAAAAUGUCCGCAUCAAAGGAGGCAAUUUGCGAGAAGGAGGUCGAGAAGCCGCAAUUGGGUUGGGCUACCACCCGCUACUUUGUCACAUUCAUGCUCUUUCUGGGCAUGGCCAACGCCUACGUGAUGCGCACAAAUAUGUCCGUUGCAAUUGUGGCAAUGGUCAAUCAUACGGCAAUUCAACACGGCGAAGAAAUCUUGGACGAUGAAUGCGGCGAUCGUGAACUCGAAGUGGACAACGGUGAGGAUGGCGAGUUUGCUUGGAAUUCCAGUUUGCAGGGCUACAUUCUGUCCUCGUUCUUCUAUGGCUAUGUGAUCACCCAGAUUCCUUUUGGCAUCUUGGCCAAGAAAUAUGGCGCUAUGCGUUUCCUUGGCUGGGGCAUGCUGGUCAAUUCAGUGUUUGCCUUCCUGGUGCCUGUGGCAGCUCGCGAGGGUGGCGUCUAUGGUUUGUGUGCCGUUCGCUUCAUUCAGGGUCUUGGCGAGGGUCCCAUUGUGCCCUGCACGCAUGCCUUGCUCGCCAAAUGGGUGCCGCCCAAUGAACGAUCUCGAAUGGGUGCCGCUGUCUAUGCUGGCGCUCAGUUUGGCACAAUUAUCUCGAUGCCGUUGUCGGGUCUGCUGGCAGAAUAUGGCUUCUCCGGCGGCUGGCCGUCGAUCUUCUAUGUGUUUGGAGUCGUUGGUACGCUGUGGUCCAUCGCCUUCCUCAUUCUGGUCUUUGAGGAUCCCUCGACGCAUCCGCGCAUCGAUGAGCGCGAGAAGCGAUACAUUAACGACUCCCUCUGGGGUACGGAUGUCAUCAAGAGUCCUCCGAUUCCGUUCAAGGCUAUAAUGAAAUCGCUGCCCUUCUACGCGAUUCUGUUCGCACACAUGGGUCACAACUAUGGCUACGAGACACUGAUGACGGAACUGCCCACGUACAUGAAGCAGGUGUUGCGCUUCUCCCUGAAAUCGAAUGGAAUGCUGAGUGCGUUGCCCUAUUUGGCCAUGUGGCUCUUCUCGAUGUUCAUCUCGGUGGUGGCUGAUUGGAUGAUUAGCUCAAAGCGUUUCUCGCUGACGGCGACGAGAAAGAUAAUCAACAGUAUUGGCCAAUAUGGACCUGGCCUUGCGCUGAUAGCCGCCUCGUAUACGGGCUGUGAUCGUGCAUUGACCUUGGCCAUACUCACAGUCGGUGUUGGCCUAAAUGGCGGCAUCUAUUCGGGCUUUAAGAUCAAUCAUUUGGACUUGACGCCACGCUUCGCCGGCUUCCUGAUGGCCAUCACGAAUUGCUCGGCUAAUUUGGCGGGUCUCCUGGCGCCCAUUGCAGCCGGCAAUUUGAUCAAUAAUAAGCCCACAAUGGGUCAGUGGCAGAUAGUGUUCUUCAUUGCCGCCUUCGUGUACAUCAUUUGCGGCACGUUCUACAACAUCUUCGGCUCCGGCGUGCGACAGUUCUGGGACAAUCCCGAGAAUGAUGAGCAGAAGCCGAGUCUGGAGCCGGCGGGCAGCAGCAGUAAUCAGGACGCAAGGCUGAGCAAUGGCAACACGGGGCCGUUGGCCAUAACUGCCAGCGAGUCCUAGACAGUAAUAGCCUAGUUAUCAUUACCCUACACUACACACAACUAGUUAUAAGUCUUUGUUUUAGUGCAUUAUUAGUUUACGCGAAAAGUUGUUAUUAGCUCAUUAGCAUUGCCCGGCAGACACAAAAAAACUUUAUUUAAAAAAAGACAAUAAAACUCCAUUAAAAAUAAAAACAAUUUAAGAAUCGGUCACAUUUUGUAAAAUUUUUGGCAGUGCCUGCAGCAGGGUAUUCAAUUGUCUACCAUUUAAAAUGCGUAGUUUUCCAUUGUGAUAGCAAAAAGAGUUUAGUUUUUGUUUUUCUUUACAUAAUGUCAAUUCACACUUGAAGUGCAUUAAGAAAUAACAUUGUUACAAUUAAUUACGUAUAUAUUAUUAAUAUUUCUAUAAUAUUUCUAUACACAUAUAUAUUUAUUAUGUCUGUGUGUGUAUUUGCAAACAAUUCAACGUACAAGCAAAAGACACUAAAAAAAAAUAAAAAAAUAAAAACGUUUGCAAAAUAAAAUUUAUAACUGCUAA